CCCUCUCUCUCUCUCCUCCUUCCCGUCUUCUUCCUCCGGCCUCUUCUCCUCUUAUUGCCCUUGAUUCCCCCGCACCACCGCUCACACUUGCUCCUCCUCCUCCUCCUCCUCCGCCUCAGUGCUAGGGCUAGCUUGCUUGUCGCCGUCGCCGCCGUCGUCGCCGCCGCAAUGGAUCUCGUGUCGCCGUCCGAGCACCUGUGCUACGUGCGCUGCACCUACUGCAACACCGUGCUCGCGCUGCAGGUUGGAGUCCCAUGCAAGAGGCUGAUGGACACCGUGACCGUGAAAUGUGGCCACUGCAACAACCUCUCCUUCCUCAGCCCGCGGCCGCCGAUGGUGCAGCCGCUCUCCCCAACUGAUCACCCCUUGGGCCCGUUUCAGGGACCUUGCACUGACUGCAGGAGGAACCAGCCGCUGCCGCUGGUCUCGCCGACAUCAAAUGAGGGUAGCCCAAGAGCACCCUUCGUUGUGAAGCCCCCAGAGAAGAAACACCGCCUCCCAUCUGCUUACAACCGCUUCAUGAGGGAGGAAAUACAGCGUAUCAAAGCUGCCAAGCCAGAUAUCCCUCACAGGGAGGCCUUCAGCAUGGCUGCCAAGAACUGGGCGAAGUGCGACCCCCGCUGCUCAUCGACGGUUUCCACCUCCAACAGCAACCCCGAGCCCAGAGUAGUAGCUGCUCCCAUUCCUCAUCAGGAGAGGGCCAACGAGCAGGUGGUCGAGAGCUUCGACAUCUUCAAGCAGAUGGAGCGCAGCGGCUAGGGCGGCGGCGGCGGCCGGAGCCGGCGGCGAUCUAUAUCGGCGGUGAAGCUCGUAUGAAGCUAGCUAGCCUGCAGGCCGGCCACUGGGGAGAGUACCAAAUUUCAGAUCCCCCUUAUUAUCACCGUCGUCAGCUCAGCUCAUGCAUGCAUGCUCAUCGUUCCCCUUUAGCAUAUAUCUGUGCUCGUUUUGUGUUUAUUAGUUAAUUAUGUUUGAUCUUGUUAAUUUGUUGUUGCAUGGAGUAUGUACCCCCUAUAAGACCCAGCUGCUGCUACCGUACGAUAUACGUACGUAUGCUAUAUAUAUAUAUAUAUAUAUUUGUCAUCUUAUAAAUCGUGUGCAAAGUA